AUGAAAAUUAAUUCAUUUUUAAUAAUAUUAAUAUUAUUAUUUAUAUCAAUAAAAAAUAGUAAUGGAGAACCAGAAAAAAAAUUUAAAUUAAUUACAUUGUUGGCUGCACAUGUUCAAGAUUUGGGUUUUAAUAAUAUGGUGAAUAGAGGGCAUGUUGAAGUUUCAAAAGCAAUGAAAUUAGAAGAUUCUCAAGCAAUUGUGGUGGUUGGUUAUAAUGAUACAAUUAGAAUAUUGGCACCACUUGUUGCUGUUGGCGAUGUUGAUUUAGUUAUUUGUUCAAGUCAAGAUCAUGCUCAAGCAUGUAGAGAAUUAGCUACUAAAUAUAAAGGUUCUUCAAUUAAAACUCAAUUUUUAGUGAGAGGUAGUGGUGAAGCAACUUCCAAUUUAAUUACCUAUUCCUAUAAUUAUGCAAAUGCAAAUUAUAUUAGUGGUUAUUUUGCAGGUUUAUAUACAAAAACCAAUAAAAUUGGAUUUUUAUCACCAGGUGCCAUUGAUAAUAAUAAUGAUUCAUUUGUUUAUGCUUUUUGGUAUGGUGCUAAAAGAGCCAAUCCAGAUAUUUCAUUUUAUUAUUAUAAUAUUGGAAAUUAUUUAAAUCCAGAUAAAACUGUAGCUGCCACUAAAGAUUUACUUGAUAUGGGAUGUGAUAUGGUAGCCGAUACUUUAAAUGAUUUUUCAACUGGUAAUACUUUAAUUGCAAAUAAUCGUAAAACCGCCAUGGGUACAAGUGGUUUCCCUCAAAGAGAUGUCUAUGGUGAAGAUGUAAUAUACAGUUAUAAUUAUAAUUGGUUUAAAUUAUUUUAUCCAGUUGCCCAAAGUGUUUAUUCAGGUAAUACAAAUAAUACAAAUUGGUAUGCUGAUUUCAAUUUAAAUGAAACCAUUAGUUUCUUUGGUCUUUCAUUUAGUUUUACCGUUCCAAAUGAAACUUUAACAAAAUUCUAUGAAGAAUUAGAUUAUUUAAAGAGAACACCAAGAUUAUCCCAUCCAUAUUUUUGUAAUGAUUUAAUGUAUGAAUAUGCAAAAAAAAAUCAUUUAACAAUGUCUACAAAUGAUUCAACCCAUUGUUUAGCUAAUAGUCAAUUUACAAGAAUUAAUGCACCUUUCCCUGGUAUGACUUGGUUAGGAAAUUAUGAAAUUACAUUAACUGAAGUUUAUCAAUCAAGACCAAUUCAAAUUGCAAUUUCAUCAAUUUCAAGUUUUUUCAUAGUUACAGUUUUGGUAAUGAUGGGUUUAGUAGUCAGAUUUAGAAAGAAUCCAUCAAUUCGUUCUGCAAGUCCAAUAUUCUUAAAUUUUAUUUUAUUUGGUGCUUUGAUUAUUUAUGUUGGUAUUAUAAUUUGGAGUAGUUCAAUUAAUUCUGCUUCAUGUAAUGCUCAAUUUUGGUUGGUUACUCUUGGUUUUACAACUUUAAUUGGUAGUUUAGUAGUUAAAAAUGUUAGAAUUUGGUUAAUUUUUGAUAAUCCAGAAUUGAAAUUAGUUAAAAUUACAAAUCUUCAAUUGGUUCCAUGGGUUGGUGUUUGUUUGGUAAUUAAUAUCAUUUUAAUGAGUAUAUUAACAUCAGUUGGAGAUUUAAGAGAGGUAAAUGCACAAGGAAUUGAUUCUUUAGGAAAAUAUGAAUUUAUGAGAAUUUGUAAAAUGAAUAGUUCUGGUGCAUCAACAUUGUAUACUAUUUUAGCAUACUUUGCAGCUUUACUUUUAAUUGGUGUAUUUGUUUCUUGGAAAAUCCGUAUAGUUGAUAUCUUGGAAUUUAAUGAAUCAAAAGCAAUUGCAAAUACUCUUUAUGCCAUUAGUUUCUGUCUUUUUGUAAUUGUACCAUUAAUGAUUUCACCACAAGAUAAACAAUCUGAAAAGAUUAUUUUAUGUAUUGCAGGUUUAUUCAUUGUUACAGCCGCUGUCUUAAUUAUCUUUGUCCCAAAAUUCUAUAGAGUUUAUAUAUUUGGUUCUGGUGGAACUAGUGAUAUGUUCUAUAAGAAGAAAAAGCAAUCACCAGUUGCAACUGCUCGUGCAGAAAGUACAAGUAAAGGUUCAAGUGGUGGUGGUGCUGGUAGUGGUGGUGCUACUGGUGGUAGUGGUGUAAAAACAAAUAAAAGAGGUAAUUUAGUUUCUGGUGAUUUUUCAGAUGACACAGAAUCUUCAUUAUCAGAACCAAAUAAACCUGUUAAAGUUGUUGCAGGUGCUGUAUUAGCUGAAUUUACUGAUGAUACAAUUUCUGAUUUAGAUAAUAUUGAUCAACCAAUUGAAAUAAUUACAGAAAAUGGUCAAGAUAGUAAUAAUAAUAAUAAUAAUGAAGAAAAUAAAGAUAAUAAUAUAGAAAAUAAUAAAAUUAGCGAAGAAAUUAAAGAAAAUUUAAAAAAUGAAGAAAAUAAUGAUGGUGAUAAUUAA